AUGGAUCACUCGGAACCAGAACAAGACAAGUCCUCGCUGACGGAAGCCCCUCAGUCACCUCUGCCCCCUACGCCCCCGGAAAAACCCAAGCGGAAGUCGGUGGGAUUUGCCCCGUUGCCGGAAGAGGACUUGAAAGAGCACCACGAAAACCUCAAGAAAAUAGAGGAGCUGAAGAAGAACUCAAUUCCAUUCCACCAAAUUCCCCCUGAGUUGCUGUAUUUGCAAAAGUUCGACAAGCCUGCACCCAAACCAUUGCCAACAGGACCGCCAUUACCACCGAAACCGGUCAAGCCCCAUAAAGUUUUGGGUGAUUUGAAGAAGGUUCAUGUUAAGGACAUCUCAGUAAUCAACAAAGAUACAGAGCUAAACUUCAAUUAUCCAACGAUCGAGCUCCCAAUUCCCAGCCACAAUGUGCUUGUCAGCAUCAAGUAUGCUGGCUUGAACUCUUUUGAUAUCAGCAAGUUGAACAAGUACUACUUUAAUCUUAGUGAUGUGAAAGUUGGUUUAGGCUACGAGUUUGUGGGACAAGUGGUUGACAUUGGUGCCACUGCCAAACAGGAGUUAUCCAAGGGAGACUACGUGAUGGGAAUUUUGAGUCCUACGGGCCGAAAAGGUGCUUUUUCCAGUACCGUGCUUUUGAAUCCUACUAAGGACUUUCUUGUUCAACUUGAUGAUUUGACUUUGGAUAAACUUGCCAAGGUCGAUCCAUACUUGGAGUUCAGCCAAUUGAAGGGCUUCUCAGAUGAUUCGAGCGAAUCUAGCGAGUCUGAUGACCAACCUCGGCCGUCACAAACGCCGGCCACGGCUCCCAAACGAAAAACGGCGUUGAGUGUGGAAGACGAAUUGCCUGCGUUGGCCAAGGCCGCUACUAUCCCGGUGCUUUACUGUAAAGCUAAACAGGCACUUCAGCACUUGAAGCCGACAGAGUACCCGAACCUCAUGAUCAAUGGUGCCGAUACCAAUCUUGGGUAUACUCUUAUUCAAAUGCUCUCGUCGUCUUUAUACGAGUUUGAACGUCUUAACCUUGUUCUCGUAGUCAAGGAAAGUAGACUAAAGCAAAUGAGAAAAUGGGUCAGACACCUCAAGGGUAGCACAGCUCUGGAUGGUGAAAUGAACUUUGAAGUGGUUUCUUACGACCUUGAAAACGAGGAUAUUGUUCUACCAGGUGAAAAGAUACCGAUAAAUUACAAGAAACCAGACCUUAUGGCGGUGGACGUUCUUGAGGCCAUGUUCAAGAACAGCAAGGAGAAGAUCACGGCUGCCAAUAUCGACAACUACAAGUUUGACUUGAUUGUCGAUAUCACUGGCUCACAUUACCUCCAGAAAACUUCUAUUCGCUACAAGAAACUCGACUAUCUUAAUUUCCCAGUGGUGGACAACCUUGACGACGAUACUAAGCUCCUGACCCUCCUAAAGGCCAACGUCAAAGACCAGUUCUUCAUCAAGCUCAUGAAACCCAAGUCCCAAUCCUCUGGAUUAGUAUCAUUCUGUAAGUUUACCUUGAAAGAACCAAGCUAUAGUAUCGACACCCUCAUCGAUUAUUCGACCCAGGCAUCAGAGCAAUCGAUUUUGAACCCUUGGCUGCUGAAGUGGCUGUCAGGCAUUGCCAAUAGCCUUCUUAGAUACAAUUACUACGAUGAAAUCAACCUCACCACCACGCGGCCAUGGAUCAUCGAAGGUCUCAACUUAUUUUUGAAGAACGAGAUCAAGUUCCAGGUAGACCACUACAUUGACUGGCGCAACAACUUCAAGCAGUAUAUCAAAGAUCUUCGGAAGCAUGACGGAAAGGUGGUGAUGAAGGUGGAGGAUUUUUGA